AUGUGUUGCCAGUCGAAACCUCGGCACGCCCCUGCGGGAGACCUGGUUGCCAUUCUGCACCGUAUCCGCGACAACAACCGACUCCAAACCGUCAGUAACACGUGCUGGUGCCGGUUGCUGCUCAGUAAAUCUUGUCAAAAUGAGAUACUGGGAGAGCUACGGUGCGAGGAACCGAGCCACGCCAAAAGGUUUCAGGGCGAGAAGCUCAACGUGACGAUCUGGACGUACGCAAAUGAGCACUUCCGCUCUGUGCCCGCGAAGAAACCUGCAAAUCCAGUCUUUGUCCGCUUUGCGUUGAUUGCUGGAGCAGGUCCUAUAGUUGUCAGCCCCAGUUCUCCCGAUGCCAAUGGGCUUGGCCGCCGAGAUUUUGAUCUCACGGCUGAUGAUCGAGGCAUCGUUGGCAGAGAAGUUGACGUCGCAAAUGAGCAAGGCCAAGUGUUGGGAAGAGGCAUCAUCGGGUGGAAUUGA